GUUUUGUUUAUCUCUUGAAGUUUUAGAAUGCAUUUAUAUUAAUUGCACUGAUCACUUUUCGCCACUGGGUGGUAGUAACAAACUACAAAGCUGGGUGUGGAAGACGACAUACUGUUCAGCAAAUAAGUGCAGCAUACACAGGUCCAGCCCAAGCAGACAUUCGAUCACUGGAGAAAAACAAGAUCUGUGACCAAACUACAGGAAAUACUGGAACUGCAAAAUCAACAUCUCCUGACCCUACACUUCACAACAGCUUGUCUCUUACGAAUUCAGGAAACUGCUGGCAGUCUAUUCAGAAGACUGGAGGCAGACUGCAGACUCGGAAUUACAUCAAUGUCUUUCUGAUUUUUAUUUUGUAACAAAUGGUUUUAAGUCAUGGAUCAAGCUGUCGCGGACGGUCCUGUCAUUCUUGUCAUCCGGGCACCGAAUCAAAAGUAUGAUGACCAGACCAUCAACUGUUGUCAUAACUGGACUGUGGAGAAACUCAAGGCGCAUCUGUCAGACGUAUACCCAAGCAAACCGAGCUCCAAAGACCAAAGACUGGUGUAUUCUGGGAAGCUGCUUUUGGAUCACUUCACAUUAAAAGAUGUUUUAAGAAAACAGGACGAGUACCACAUGCUCCAUCUGGUAUGUGCCUCACGCACACCCCCCAGCUCCCCGAAGCCCCCCCGCAGCCACAGCAACAAGCCCCAGGAGAACUCGCCAGGUCCCACGCCCUUGACAAACUCCCGUCCUCCACCUGCUGGUCAGCCGCAGUCGCCACCUACAGGAGAGAACAGUGAUGGAGUCAGGCAGAGGGCUGGAGCCUACCCUUAUCAUCAGAUGUAUUCACAGGCUAUGCACAGUUGGAACCAGUUCCUUCAACAGUCAUAUUACAGGCCCAUGACACUAAUGUGGUGGCAGCAGAUGUACAUGCGACAGUACUACCUGCACUAUCAGAUGUUAGCCGCCGCCUCCUCCUCUCAGCACCUCCCUCCGCAGCAGCCCUCGGCUCAAUACAGCCAGUCCGAGCCCGUGACCCGCCGACCUCGGGCCAAUCGGCGUGUGAACCCGGAGGUGCAGCUGAACGCACAGGGAGGAGAGGUCCUGAAUGAAGAGGAGCUGAACUGGGAUUGGCUGGACUGGGUCUACACAGUUUCACGUGCUGCCGUCCUGCUCACCAUAGUCUACUUCUACUCCUCCUUCAGCCGCUUCCUCAUGGUCAUGAUGGUCAUGUUGGUGCUUUACCUACACCAGGCCGGUUGGUUUCCCUUCAAUCUGGAGAACGAGCUCCUGCUCCCUGGAGCCAAUCAGGAUGAGAUGGAGGCAGAGCAGCAAAACCAGGACUUACAAGAAAUGGAAGGACUAAUGGACGACAACUCAGACGAUGAAGGCGAGAGCGGAGAGGAAGGAGCUGAAGAUCCAAACAGCAGCCCAAACGCAGGCUUCCUGGCGUCUACAUGGUCAUUCAUCGUAACCUUCUUCAUGUCACUGAUCCCAGAGGGCCCAGCGAACGCCGUUAACUAAACCACAAUAUUCACAACGAGAAUCUCCGGCUGACAGUGGACGAAAGUCCAAGCCUGUUCAGGGAAACUGUUACUGUCUGUUUCAGUAUUAAAGAUUCCCGAUAGUGUGUUUGUCCUCAUCUUCAGACUGUGACUGAGAAGACAACUGACUGAUUCGAGUCCAACAGGUGAAAACGUUGUCUUUAUAUUGACUUCUCUAGUUUGUCGGAGCGAAGAUAUGAACAGUGGGCUUCUAUAAAUGAUUACUAACACAGCCUCCAAUCAUACACUACAUAACCUGUCUAUAGUUUAUAUAGACGUUUCUUAACACGAAUCAUCACAGCAUUGUGUGUCUAACAACACGUGUCUUGUUUUUCUCAAUAGAAAAAUUGUAUAUUUGUUGAAAGUCUUGUUUUGCAACCAGAUGGAUGACCUGAUUGUUGUUGUUUUGUUUUUUUACCGCAGAUUGGACAAAAUGUGACAGGACAUUUGAAAGUGUUAACACAAAGUUAACUUGAGUUGGCUAUAGUAAAAGUCGAUCCGUGCUGAAAUCAGCCGGAAAGAACAAAGUGAGGAGAUGGUGGUGAGAGAAGAGAAAGAAAGAACAUUGUAAUGAAUCAAACUGACAAAUUCAUGUGGGGCAAAACCACAUGUGCUCAAAUCCAGCCUGUCAAAAUGGCUGCCGCUGUUGUGUAUUAAGAGUUAUAGUUGUUAUUAUUAAACAUACCUUUAAGGUAA